AUGACGUGCCUGGAGCAGUAUCUAGUCAGCAUCUACAUGACCUCCGUACUCGUCUCCGAUUUGUCCAAUCCAGUUGUGAAGAACAGUCGUUUAGAGUGUCUGACGGCCUGUUUUCGUAAGGCGACAUGUUCAACGUGUUUCUUCGACCAACAAACACAAACGUGCAGCUCCAAUGGCUAUAGAUUCGUCAGAAAGGGGUCAUUGUGUCUGAAGGUUUCAUCAGAAAGGCUAAACUGGAAGAGGGCGAGGGACGCGUGUGAAUAUGAGGGAGCACGACUUGUUAAAAUUGACACUGAAGAGAAAAAUGUAGCCAUUGUGGAGAUUCUCAAAAAAGACUAUCAAGGUCAAGCAUUGCAGAUUGGAGCUUUUAGAGACCAAGAAGGCGAUGACACUUGGAGAUGGCCAGACAACUCUGCAUUGGUGUUUAGCAACUGGGACACGACUUCAGCAGGCCGUAGAGAAUGCUCCAACCUAGACAUGGACAUGCAUAAAUGGAUUGAAAUAUCGUGUGGCGUAACGCAACGUUAUAUCUGUGAGCAAGGACUUAGCGUGGUCAAUAGCUAG